AUGAGCGAUCGCUUCUGCAAAGAGUGCAACAACCUUCUCUAUCCAAAGGAAGACGACAACACUCUGUUUCUUGCAUGUAAGAACUGUGAACACGUCCAGGAGGCAAAAUCACAUCGCCUUUAUGUGAGAAGCUUUAGGCCUAAGUAUGCUUCAAUAGAGCUGUACGCAAGGGAUCUUGCUCAGGACCCAACACUUCCUUCCGUGAAAAUCAACUGUAGAAGUUGUGGAUUCAACAGAGGGCUGUACUUCCAGACAAGAGGCAGCGAAGACGACGUUGCAUUGAAUAUUUAUUAUCUGUGCUGUAGAUGCCACCAUUUAUGGUCAUGA